CAACCUCUUCCGGCUACGUCACGUUGGCGGGAUGUGGUAGCUGCAGUCAUUUUAAAUCCACAUUUUCUUUCCACUAAACUUCCAGCGUUGAACUCUGAUUUAAAACGGUCCUGACAUGUCGACUUCAUCUGUGUCGAAGGGCUGUUUUGUUUUCAAACCAAGUGCGAAGAAGAAGAAGCAGCUGAGUUUAGAGGACCAUUUCACUGACGGCUGUGAAGGGGCAGAAAACAGUGAAGUACGAUUCAAACUCUGUCAGCUUCUGUGGGAGCAAAUCAAAACAGACACAGAGGUCUUACAGGAUGAACUCAACAGGAAAGUCCUGGACAGUUUGUUGGACCUAACCAGGAAAUGCUCUUCCACUCGUCAACACAGUGACUGGGCGUCGAAGAUGAGAGCCAGUGAGAUACCCACUGCAGCUCUAGUCCUUGGUGUGAACGUCCCAGAUCAUGACAUGACCUUCCAGAGUCUGUCGGAGCAGCUCCAGCAGUCUGUCACCCCUCAUGUGGCCUCGGUCCAGGCCAAGGAGUGUGGAACAUUGAAGCAUUUGAUGAAGAGGGUGCUGGAGAAGUUAACGGGCACAGAUGUGGCCGUAGAUGAUGAGGAGGAAGAGGAGGAGGCUGAGCAGACGAGUGCUCCGCUCCACAAGAGCGCCCACUGCUCCCUCAGUACACUCUGCGACUGGUACAACACAAAAACAAAGAAAUCCAGCGGUGGUACUCCUGGAAAAAAGCGAAGUUCUCCAGCCAAAGAUGAGCAACAACAGCCUCCUGUCGUAAUUAUUUUUAAAGACUUGGAGGCUUUCAAUCCAAGGGUUCUUCAAAACUUCAUCCUGAUCUGCAGUCUGUACAUCGAACGUCUGCCGCUGAUGUUCAUCUUCGGCAUCGCCACGUCCCCCAGCACCAUCCAGCACAUGUUGCCUCACUCUGUGUCCUCCCUGCUGUGCAUAGAGCUCUUCCAGUCCCUGUCCUGCACCCAGCAUCUGGCCACAGUCAUAGACAAGUUGAUCCUGACACAUCAGUUCCCGUUUAAGCUCAAUGGCAAAGUGAUGCAGGUGCUGAUCAGCAUUUUCCUCUACCACGAUUUCUCAGUGAGAAACUUCAUCAAGGGUGUUCAGCUGGCUCUGCUGGAGCACUUUCACUCGCAGCCUCUGAGCGUUUUGUGCUGUAAGAAGAAGGAGGCUCUUCUGAACGUGAUGCAGCUCAGUCUCCGCGACUUGGAGAGGAUCAGGCAGCUGCCGUCGUUCAAGAGGCACUGGCCAAGAAUAAUGCAGAUAUCUGGCCUCAAUCGUACACCUCAGCUGACCAUCUGUUUUCAGGAUGUGUGUCAGAGGCUGAUAAAAGACCUUCGCAGCUACCACAAGAACUACUACCCCGUCCUGAGGUGCCUCCACACGCUGGCCUCGUCAUUACCUCGCUACCCUCUGGGGAAACAGAUCAGGGAGCUCCAUUUAAUUUGCCUCGAGAGGAACGUGUGGGAGAAUGAAGAUUACCAGUCGGCCAUGAAGCUUCUGAAGAUGCUGGCCAAAGAAGAGCUGAUCACGCUGCUCCAGAGGUGUGCAGAGAUUCUGCAGCAGGUCAAGUCAAAGGAGAUGAAGAACGCUCUUAUCCAGCUCGAGGAGUUGCUCGCCAAAUUCAAGCAGUUGGACACAGCAGCAGCUGUUGAAUCUGUCCCUGAUGUGGAAGAGAGUUUCACGUCUCCAGUGAAAAACCUUCAAAAGAAAACAGAUCUCUUCCAGCUGCAGAAGACGCUGCUGGAGAUGAACGAGUCUCGGAGAUCCAAGAAACUCAGUCCGUUUGAGGUUCUACGCAAUGAAGCCAUCGAUUUUAUCGAUGGCCUAGUGAAGAGUCACCUGUCUCCCCCAGAGUCUCAGACCCUGAACGAAGUCUGCUACUACAGCUCGUCUGCCACUGUGAGACGGCACCUCAACGCUACACCUCGCACCUCCAUUCAGGCUGCUCUCAACAGCCCCUACUAUUACAUCCAGAAUGACAACCUGAAGACGGAGGACGGGUCGGUCUCUAAUGCUGCUCCUGAUAUCUGCAUCGCUUACAAGCUGCACCUGGAGUGCGGCAGACUCAUCAACCUCUUUGAUUGGCUAGAAGCUUACGCCACCGUGGUUUCUGCAGCGGAGGGUAACGAACCAGAUUCUGAAGAUUUUGGGAAAGUGGAUCAAGUCAAACACGCUCGUUUCAUCCAAGCCGUAUCGGAACUGGAAUUUCUGGGCUUCAUUAAAUCCACCAAGCAGAAGACGGACCAUGUGGCUCGACUCACCUGGGGGGGCUGCUGACCACUGAAAGAAGACCUGAUCGUCUGUGGAGGCUGUCUCCAUUUGCUAUAGCGCUUAUCAAGUGGGAGUUGGAUCUAUAUUUCAUAAUGUUUUUUUCUACUAAUAAAAAAUAUGAAGUGAA